AUGAUAGUUCAUUGGAAAAAUAAUCCUAAUCUAUUAAAACAGAUCUGUCUUAUCGAUGUUGAAACUAAACUUUUAUCUCCAGAUAUACAAGUAGGCUUUAAUGAUUCUCAAUAUGAUUGGCGAUUUAUUGUAGAGAAAGCCAAGAAGUUGGGAGUUAAUGAUAGGAAUUUCCAUUCAAAGCAUCUUAAAAUCCCUGGAUGCGUAGCUAUUGAUAUUUGCCUUUACUUUAUGAAAUUAUAUGCUAAGGCCGAAAAAAGUAAUUUAGCAUUCUACUUAAAUGAAUGUGAGCUCAAAAGCAAAUUAGACAUGCUCUUAACUGCAUGUUCAA